AUGACCGCAGUUUGGAAUAGAAACCCGGGUCGCUACGAGCCGAUUUGGCCUCCGCGGGUGAAAGACUUGGACGGUCUGACAGAGAUCCCCAAGGAGAUCCCAGCUGAGACCACGAUGCUGGACCUGCAGAACAACAAGAUCACAGAGAUCAAGGAGAACGACUUCAAGAACCUCAAGGGACUGCACGCCCUGAUCUUGUUGAACAACAAGCUGACCGUUAUCCACCCCAAGGCCUUCAGCUCCCUGCUGAAGCUCCAGCGGCUUUACCUCUCCAGGAACAUGCUCAAGGACAUGCCAGCCAACAUGCCCAAGAGUCUGCAGGAGCUCCGCAUCCACGAAAACGCCAUCACCAAGAUUAAGAAGUCCUCUUUCCAGGGCAUGGCCAAUCUCAUCGUCAUGGAGUUGGGGUCUAAUCCUUUGAAAACCGGCUCCAUUGAGAAUGGUGCCUUUGCUGACCUGAAAAGGGUCUCUUACAUUCGCAUUGCAGACACCGACAUCACAGAGAUCCCCAAAGGACUGCCCAGCUCUCUGUCAGAACUCCACCUGGACAGCAACAAGAUCAGCAAGGUGAUGGCCGACAGCCUUAAGGGCUUGAAGAGUCUGGCAAAGCUGGGUCUGGGCUACAACGAGAUCAGCAUGGUGGAGAAUGGCACCCUGGCCAACGUCCCCCACAUGAGGGAGCUGCACCUGGACAACAACGCCCUGACCGCGGUGCCCCCUGGCCUGCCCGAGCACAAGUACAUCCAGGUGGUGUAUCUCCACGCCAACAAGAUCGCCGCCAUCGGCACGGAAGACUUCUGUCCACCCACCUUCAACUACAAGAAGGCCAUGUACUCCGGCAUCAGCCUGUUCAGCAACCCCGUCCCCUACUGGGAGGUGCAGCCCAUUACCUUCCGCUGCGUGUUCGACCGCUCCGCCAUCCAGCUCGGGAACUACAGGAAGAAGUAGAUAGAAACUAACGACACGGAAUCGGCCCCUUCCACUCACACCCGUCACCCCUCCCUCC